AUGGGCUCCCAACCCCCCCGCAUCCGCCUGGCCAUCCUCGAGGCCGAUACGCCACAGCCGCAGACCAACGCCGAGUACGGCGGCUACGGCGGCGUCUUCACCGCGCUCCUCCGCACCGCCGCCCUGGCAGAUGACCCGCCCGCGCCGCUCGACAGCAUCAUUGACCUCUCAGUAUAUCACGUUGUAGGCGAUGAUGCCACAUACCCGGAUCUGGAAUCCAUCGACGCUAUCCUCAUCUCUGGUAGCAAGCACAACUCCUUCGAUAAUGACCCCUGGAUCCUGAAGCUGGUCGAUUUCACCAAGAAGUGCAUCGACAGCGGGCGCGUGAAGGCUAUCGGCGUAUGUUUCGGCCACCAGAUCAUUGGCCGCUCACUAGGCGUCGAGGUCAAGAGGAGCGACCUGGGCUGGGAGGUUGCCGUAGUCGAUGUCAACCUCACGCCCAAGGGCAAGGAGAUCUUCAAGCUGGACAAGAUGGUAAUCCCCUUCUGCCUGAGCCCACGACUGCACAAGAGACAUCAUUACGUGAGAGCUAACACGGUUCAGCGCAUCCACCAAAUGCACCGAGACGUCGUCACGGCCAACCCGCCCGGCACCGAGUCUCUUGCGUACACGGAACUGUGCCCGGUCCAGGGAUUCUACUCACCAAAGAAGUUCAUUACAGUCCAGGGCCACCCCGAGUUCACUGGUCCCAUCGUCAGCGAGAUCCUCAACGUCCGCCACAAGGCGGGCGUCUUUGACGAGGAGACCUUCACCGAUGCCAUCAACCGCGCGAACAUUGAGCACGAUGGCGUCAACAUUGCCCGUGGUUUCUUGCGUUUCCUGAGGGAAUGA